GGAUGAAGUGAGGCUUCGCGAAGUUUGGAAGCGUGUCCCUAGCGGCAGCCCUUACGCAGCGUCCCGCGAGACGUUUACCUGGGCCCCAGGUGAGCGCAGAAGGAGGAGCUGCGCUUAGGCUGCUCACCUGGCGGGACAGGGUGCUGAGGGGCAACCCAAGGAAGCCAAAGUCCUGGUCCGGGAUUGUGAUCAGAAGACCAAGACACUGGGAGAAAAGCCAAGAUGUAGGUCACACAUCUAAGGAACAAGGCCGCGAGGAGACGCAAGGCCCCCAGCCUGGCCACAGUGUGGAGAACAUAAAGGAAAGCAGAGAAAGAGAAGACUGCAAAGCUCCUGGGCAGGGUGUGUGUGUGAGAGAGAGGCUGCCAUGGGCAGGCCCCAAGCUGGGCAGACUUACCAGCCAACCUCUUGGAGAUCCAGAGACCGAGGAGCCUGGGAGGGGAGAGUGUGUGGAAGAAGCUCGAGCUCACUGUCCAGGUGACCACAGGCAGGGUGCUAGGCCCACUUCUGCCCAGGUCCAUUCCUGCUACCAGCACUGGUGGCCACCAAAGGAGGUGGACUGAGGCACCUGUAAUGUGGUAAGCCAUGCCCGGACGGCGCUCUGGACAUCCUCGCCCAGUGUCCUGCCCUCCCCGGCCAGGCCAGGCCUCUACAUGGGAGCGACCAGCAAGUGCUUCUCCCCCAGAGGUCUGUCUUGAGGUGUAUGGUGCGGCCACACCCCAAGUCAAGCAAAGCCGCCGGCUGGCCCAGCCAGCCACACCUCGACGGGUCCGCCGGCCCAACCCCAAGGACCCCAAUGCUCAAGAGCCGGAGAGCAUCACCUUCAUCUCUGGCUCAGCCGAGGCCCCCCUGGACACCACAACCUGCUGUCUACCCCGGCCAUGGGUGUGGAAUUUGUGCAAGGCUGUGUUCUGUUUUCGCCGCUGCCGGGCCUGCUAUCAGCGCUGUGGGGGUUGUAUGCGCAGCUGCGAGGCCUGCCUGCCCUCCCUGGGCCCGCCAGAGAGCUUUCCUGAUGAGGGCUGGGGCAAGGAACACAAUGGCGGCCCACCCCCCAAAAGCCCGGCCAUUGCCUCCCCCAGCCGGCGAGACAGAGAGAGGUUUAAGUCGACCAUCGGCAGCAGCUUCAGCUACCCCGAUGUCAAGCUGAAGGGUAUCCCUGUGUACUCGUAUCGGGGUGCGCCGGCCUCCCCCCCGGACGCUGACUUGUGCUACAAGGAGCCCUUGGCUGAGCAGCCGCCCCGCUACAGCCUCCCUGGAACCUUAGGUGGGAGCCACCGCAGUUCGGAGGAGUAUUACUCCUUCCACGAGUCAGACCUGGACCUCCCCGAGCUGAGUGGUGGCUCCAUGAGCAGCCGGGAGAUCGACGUGCUCAUCUUCAAGAAGCUGACGGAGCUGUUCAGCAUGCACCAGAUCGACGAGCUGGCCAAGUGCACUUCGGACACGGUGUUCCUGGAGAAGACUAACAAGAUCUCCGACCUCAUCAGCAGCAUCACGCAGGACUACCACCUGGACGAGCAGGACGCCGAGUGCCGCCUGGUGCGAGGCAUCAUCCGCAUCAGCACCCGCAAGAGCCGCAACCGGCCGACCACCAGCUCAGAGAGCCGCCUGAGCCGGGGCCCCGCCCCCGACAGCGGCACCGACACCAUGGUGGCCUCGGCCCUCAGCCAGGACGAGCUGACUGUGCAGAUCUCCCAGGAAACAACAUCAGAUGCCAUCGCUCGGAAACUGAGGCCUUAUGGCCCUCCAGGUUAUCCACCAAGCCACGACUCCUCCUUCCAGGGAACAGAGACGGACUCCUCAGGGGCACCCCUGCUCCAAGUGUAUUGCUAGCCCUUGCUCUAGCCCUCGGGGCCUCCUGGUACUGCAGGCAGGACAGACAGGCCCCGAGAACUAUUCUUCCCUCCUUCAGUGGAUCACCUUCUAAGCAAUUCUGCCGACAAGAACUCACACAAGAACUCACCCUGCCUCCAGGCUGCAGGCUCUGGAUGCAAAUGCACCACCUAUCCACUAUGUACUGUUGAUCCUCUUUCCCAGAACUCAGAUGAAGUUCCUAAUACCAUGAAGACCCAGUUUCAGGGUCUUUCCCCUCGUCCCUGAGGGCUUCCCUCACUAGCCCUUCAGGGGAGGGGGUCUCCAAGUUGCCCAUCCCAAGUACCCAGGGCCCUGCAGGCUUCAAGGGCUUUCUGCCUUGGCAAUGGCUAGAUGGUUUUGUCCUUUUAUCACAUUAGGGUUCGCUUGCCAUUAUUUACAAAGGGCUCGGAGGUUUGCUGUUUCCCCCACUUUUGACUACCUGGCUCUCCUUCUUCAAGCAGGGAGCCCUCCCCAGUCUCGAGGGGGUCAUUUGGAAGUAUUUUUGUGAAACCGUGCCUAGAUGUGUGCCUUGUAACUAGCUGACUAGUUCUUGUAACGCUGGGAGCUCCAUCAAUCCCUUCUCUGGUAGUAAUAAGUAUGCAGCCAUUACCGGUCUAUCACCCCGCCCCCAGGCUUCAGUACCUCACAAGGUCCUGUUUGUAGCAGGGCAGUA